GACAAAGCCACAGUUGCCUUGUUUUCUUUUUUUUUUUGGAAAGGAAGAGGAGUGUCUCUACACGUGACAUCACAAGAAACUUGAAACCGUCAUUUUCAGCAAGCAGCCCUCCCAACUCACUGCCCUCUCCCCAAUCUCUCCCCGAGGCAAUCUCUGUGAGCUCCAGAAACAGGCCAGUGUUGGUAUCCUCUCAGCCCCCAAACUAUCCCUCUGAUUCCAGGAACUUCAACACACAGGCCCCCCCGUCCCCCCACUCCCCACACACCUCUGCUUCAGAAAGCCAGGCGGGUCUGUUUUCUGGAGAUAUACCGGUUAUGCAGCUGUGCUCCAGAUGUGGAACAAUUACAGUGGCUUCCUACUCAAAAUUUCACCUUUCAAAAACUUCUCUCUCUAUCUGACGGAAUAAGUCAGCCUAUGUCCCUGUUAAAAGUAUGGAACUGCAGAAGCUAUCAAUUGGUAAUCAUCACCAUGAUGAUACUGUGCCUGCGGAGGGAGGAAUCCCAGCAGAGGAGGAAAUGUUCCUGCCACACAAGAGCGAUGGAUCAAAGAGACCUCAGUUCACAGACUUUGAGGGUAAAACCUCCUUUGGGAUGUCUGUCUUCAACCUGAGCAAUGCCAUCAUGGGCAGCGGCAUUCUGGGUCUGUCCUACGCCAUGUCCAACACUGGCAUCGUCCUUUUCCUGAUCCUGCUGACAUGUAUCGCCGCUCUGUCCUGUUACUCCGUCCAUCUGCUGCUCCGCAGUGCUGGGGUUGUGGGUAUUCGUGCCUACGAGCAGCUCGGCAUGAGAGCUUUUGGUCAUCCAGGGAAGAUUGUAGCAGCUAUCGUCAUCACGCUACAUAACAUCGGAGCCAUGUCCAGCUACCUGUUCAUAGUCAAAUCGGAGUUACCGCUGGUCAUCCAAGCCUUUCUGGGCCAGACAUCCAGCUCUGACGACUGGUUCAUGAAUGGAAACUACCUCAUCAUCAUCGUGACUCUGGGCAUCAUCCUGCCCCUGGCUCUGAUGAAACACCUGGGGUAUCUUGGUUACACCAGCGGCUUCUCUCUCUCCUGCAUGGUCUUCUUCCUCUCGGCGGUCAUCUACAAGAGAUUCAACAUUGCUUGCCCUCUGGAAGUGUUUGGCAACUUCUCUGUGACCACAGACGUCUCAGAGGACACAUGCACUGUCAAAUACCUCACCAUCAACCAAGAGACGGCGUAUACCAUCCCCAUCCUGGCAUUUGCUUUUGUGUGUCACCCCGAAGUGCUUCCCAUCUACACUGAACUGAGCAACCCAACCAAGAGAAGAAUGCAGAAUAUUGGGAACGUUUCCAUCCUGGGCAUGUUCACCAUGUACUUCCUCACCGCCACAUUCGGCUAUCUGACCUUCUACGGGAACACUGAGGCAGAGCUGCUCCAUACCUACAGUAAGGUGGACCCCCUGGACACUCUGAUCCUGUGUGUUCGCCUGGCUGUCCUGGUGGCCGUCACUCUGACUGUACCCGUGGUCUUGUUUCCUAUCCGGCGGGCCCUCCUGCAGCUGCUGUUUCCAGGGAAAGCCUUCCACUGGCUGCGUCACAUCGCCAUCGCCUUGUGUCUGCUGUUUGUUGUCAACCUGCUGGUCAUCCUCGUUCCAAACAUCAGAGACAUCUUCGGCAUUACAGGGGCAACCACUGCUCCCAGUCUGAUCUUCAUCCUCCCUGGACUGUUCUACAUUCGCAUCGUCCCCACCGACCAGGAGCCCAUGACCUCCAGACCAAAGAUCCAGGCUGCGUGUUUCACAGCGCUGGGUUUCAUUUUCAUGUCCAUGAGCCUGACGUUCAUCGGGAUUGACUGGAUGACCGGAGAAAGCCGAAAUCUCGGCGGCCAUUAAAGUGUUGUCGCCCCCCCAAGCCCACCGCUGCACCCAUCCAUCCUCCGCUCCUCCACAUUGGGGGAAGCAACCUUUCUGCUGGAAGGCUCGGGGCUUUUUGGCGGGAGUGUUUUUAUUAAUCAUAGGGGACAAUCCCUUCCUCCAGAGCGAUGAGAGGAGCCCCGACUUGUCCCGUCACCCACCCAGCACCACCAGGAUCCAUCACAGGUGGUGUUGUUCCUCCGUUCUCACAUGAAGAGCUGACGGACACGUUGACCAUUGCAGCCCCCUCAACCUUUAAAAGAUAUUUGCCCUAACAGAAGCUAAAUGUGGUGCAGAUUUACAGUGUUUCUCAAAUGUUUUCAGACCCAGGAUUACUUACCCAAAUAAAUGAAAAGUGACAGACCAUCUUAA